AUGGAAAAUCAGCUGUGUUCCCCCAAGGUCUAUCUUCUUGCGGACUUCCUGCAGCACCAACUCAGGGCUGCUGCAGCUGUCGGCCGGUCUCUGAUCCGUCACGUUGUCGUGUAUAAGCAUGUCGACAGAUUUGGCCAGUACCACGGCAGCUCACUCAACGCUGUUGUUCCGACACUGAUGCGCUUCACUUCUCUGCGCACGCUUGUCCCGGUCGCUAUGCUUGACAGUAACGGGUAUAGUAACGUGUUUGAACUCAGGAAGCUGCAAGAGCACCUCAAAAAUCUCAGCUCCCUCGAGGUCAUGGAGGUACGUCAGUAUUGGUGCAAGCCGAUGGAGAAAAGGACCGCCUGGGCAAAGAUAUUAUAUGAGGAGCUGCAGAUGUUCGCCGUCGUAUCCUUCACAGUGCCGCUGUAUGCCGGUUAUCCGAUUCGUCUCGAGGGGCUUGCUUGGAAGGUGUCCGAUGCCUUCAACAUCGCAGAUCAGAAAAUCAAGGAGAUGACGCCCAUGAAACCGGGUAGACACCGCAUAGAUCCUUGUGCGACGCAGGAAUUCUGCAACACGCAGAAUAUCGUCCCGUUGCACGGCUAUCCUGGUGCGAGCAUCAGCCUGCUAGGGACAGAUAGCGCCUACAACGAAAGCGCUUUUGGAGGCUGCAUCAGGGGCAAUAAUGCUAUUUUCUUCAUUUAA